AUGGAAAACAGAAGGCGAGAAGGAAAACCUGAGGCAAACAACCUGGUAGUCCCACAAGUCUUUAUAGAAGUGAGUGACCUGAAGAUUGUUCUUUUGGGGAAGAAUGUGUCAGGAAACAGCAGAGUGAGAAACUCAAUCCUGGGAAUAGACGUGCAUGAGAGUGAUGCGUCUACAGGUUUACAGCAGCACUGCUUGAGAAUCAGUGGAACAGUGAAGGACAGACACAUUACAGUCAUUAACACUCUUCAUCUGCUGAAUCCCAACAUCUCAGAUCAUCAGAUCAUACAGACAGUGAGAGAUUGUGUGAAUCUGUCUGAUCCAGGACCUCAUGUCUUCAUACUCGUACUGCAGUAUAAUGACUUCACUGAGGAGGACAUGACAAGAGUGAAAUAUGUGCUCAACAACUUCGGUGAAGAGACGAUUAAACGCACUAUAGUGAUCACGACUGAUGAAGUGACACAAGACUUGCACAUGUUAACUCGUACUGAAAUGAACACAGCUAUCCAUCAGUUAAUAAAGGAGUGUGGAGGAAGACAUCUACAGCUUGAAAGAAAACCAGAAUGGCAAUCUGAGAUAUUCAGAAAUGUUGAUGAGAUGCUCAAGGGAAACCAGGAACAUUAUCUCACAUGUGAGAUGUAUGAAGAUGUUAAUUCAUUCAAGUCAGAGGAAGAAAACAAACAGAGUUUUUAUCACAAAGAUAAUGGGAAACUCAAACAGAGCAAGAGAAGCGAAGGAAUUCUAAUGUCAGCAAUUUCCUCUAAAAAACAGAAGCUGAAUCUGGUGCUGUGUGGAAGUGAUGGAACACUUACAGUCUCUGUGUCAAAACUUUUACGAAGGAAACCAAUAAAAACUUCUCAUCAGAGAGUGAACAGUAAAGAGUGUGUGAAGAGAGAAGAGAAGAUUCAUGGACAUCAGAUCAGUCUGGUGGAGCUUCCAGCUCUCAAUCAGCUCUCAGAGGAGGAAGUGAUGCAUCAGACUCUCCACUGUGUGUCUCUCUGUGAUCCUGGAGUUCAUGUUUUCCUCCUCAUUGUUCCUGAUGCUCCACUUAAUAAUGAAGAGAGAGCAGAAAUAGAGAAGAUCCAGAAGAACUUUUAUUCCAGAGAGCACUUCAUAGUAAUAUUUAUCAAUGAUGGCACUGUUAACAAACAGAUCCCAGAAUCUCAGAGGUUGAUCAGUCUCUGUGGAGGUCAGUACUGUGUGAUGAGUUUAAAAGAGCCUGAAAACUCAAGACAGAUCCCAGAAUUGCUGGAUUAUAUAGAGAACAUGAAGACUGAACCAUAUUCAGCUCAGAUGUAUGUGAAAGCUCAAGAGAACAGAGUCAGACAUGAAACAGAGGAGAAAUAUAAAGAAGAAUGGAAGAGAAUGAAAGAUGAAAUCAAAGAGUUAAAGCAGAAGAUUCAUCCAGAAGAUUCCGUUUCACCGUGUUUGUCAGUGUCCUCAUGA